GCCUCUACUUCAGUCAAUCCUCUCUGCUGUGGUGUUACCCCUCCCUCCUAUAAAUAAAGUACCGGUAAACGACAAAUUUGACUUUUCUCUCGCAUUACUCCUCAUCCCCAUCACCAUAAUUAUCCAAAGGGGAGAGAAUUCCAUAUGAAUGCCUAAUAGCCACCAUAAAAUAUCCAUGGAUCCCCGUCUGAAGAAGAAGAUUGAGCCGGAGAGAGGCUCUAACGACAUGGUUGUGGAUUGGCUGAACGAGGCGUCAAUGACGAACAACGACACGAUCAAGAUUGCAAACCUGUCGAAACUCCAGGAAAUCCUCAUAAAUAAGGACAUCGAUCUGUUGGAUUCCUACCUGGAGGAAGUCCUGCAGUUCUCUCUGGACAAGAACUCAGAAGUCAGGAAAACCAUUUGCAGCUUUAUCGAGGAAGCAGGAGACAAACGUCCAGAGGCAAUUCCUCGAAUGCUCCAAACCCUCUUGAGAUUAGUGUCAGACGAUGCCCCAGUGGUGACCAAACGUGCACUCCGAACCUGUGGAAAGAUUCUUCGAGCAGCCCUGAAAUGGGUAUCGAGUGCUGCUGUUGUCACCCUGGAGAUGGAGACAGCUUGGGGACAGUUGAGUGACCUGAAGAGCCAGAUAAUCAAUAUGAUAGACAGCGACAACGAUGGAAUCCGAACUCAGGCAGUUAAAUUUCUGGAGGGAGUGGUGCUCCUUCAGACAUACCCUGACCCAGACUCCCCACGAAAGCCGGAUGAUUUUUCCCUGGAGGAUAUUCCCCUUACUUUAAAAAUAGCGAGAAGGAGAAAAUUAGAAGAGGAAGCAAACCACGUAAUGGAAUUAUUGAUAAAAUUCCACGGUUCCCCCCACGUCAGCAGCUUGAAUUUGAUGACCUGCAUGGGCAGUCUCGCUCUCAUCGCCAAGACACGUCCCCAGUUCAUGUCCAACGUCAUCGCAGCCCUCCAACGUCUUCAGAAUGACCUGCCCCCCACAUUGUCCGACUCCCAGGUGACGAGUGUCCAGAAGCACUUGAAGUUGACGUUAUUGAACCUGAUGAAGCACCCAGCCAGCAUCGAAUUUGCCCCCACUAUUGCCAAACAGCUAACACAACUGGGAGCCAAAGAGCAGGAGAUCAUGAAGGCCUAUCCCAAGGCUGAGGACAUUCGAAGGAUGAAAAAGCGGCAGCAAGAGUCCUCCCUCAGUAAUGCCUCAAAAAGAGUCAAACUCGACUCGAUAAUUCCCCCUUCCGAGGACUCAGAAUCUCUCCCAGCUACUGCCCUACCAGUGAAGCUACCAGAGCUAAUAGAACUUUCAGAAUCCUUCAUCGCUGAUAGGUUGAGCGUUGAAAUAGCCACAGAGCUUGUCAUGGACAGCAUGGCCUGGGUGCCAGAUACCAUGACUUCAAUAUUCCAACGUGAAUAUGUCCCCAAUGCCACCACUGACACCAGCAUUCAGCGUCAGACGAUCUCCAAGCUUCUGGCAGCUCAGAUAAAACAGGCUAAAGCUAAAAAAACGAAAAAGGAUCUCAAAGAAGAGGACGCUGUGAUGGAGGAUUUAAUAAAGAAUCCAACAAUUACAGUAGCUGAGGCCAAACGCGAGAGGAAACGAGAGAAAGACAGGGAGAAGGAGAAAGAAGCUAAAGCCACUCUAGAAGCUGAAAAGAAUCUGGCCAAAACUAGGAACAGAAUGAGGGUUUUGAAAUUGAAUGAGGUGGCAAAACCUUUGUCAAAGGACACCAAAGAGAAGAUGCUGCUGAUGGCAGUGAAUAGAAUUCUCAAGGCUGAGAUGAGUGCUGUAUUUGGUGGAGUUGCUGGAGUCAGAUCUAAAAUUCUUACCACAUUAGCUGCAACAUUCAAUCCUUACAUCAAGGAAGCUAUUCUUCGUUACAUAACUGAAGAAAUGAGAACACGAUUGGAUCUAGCACUGGGUUGGCUGUACGAGGAGUAUGCCCUGCUGCAGGGAUUCCAGAGGAGAACAACUCUGGGGACAAAACCCCACGAGGCACCUCAUCAAGCCUAUAAUUUCCUCUUGUGUACCUUAAUUUCAGCUAUUGAUGAGAUCCAGGGGAAAGAUCGAGAUCCUCUACUGGCACGAUUAUACCUGGAAGCUCCUCUCAUAACGGAGGAUGCUGUCGAAGCCCUAAAGAGCGUCUCUUCCGAGGAAAAAAGGGGCUUAGCUCCUUUAGUUCUCCUCAAGGAUCUCGUUAUCAUGAGGCCUACGAAACAAUUGACUUUUUUGAAUGUUCUUCUCUGCCAUACGGGGCACGAAAAGAAAAUGAUUCGGGAUUCAGCUAUUAGUCUGGUUGUUGAAUUGUACGAGAGACCAGAAUUAACAAAAUUCAUUGAGGAGUACACGGUUCUUUACCUGGGAUUCUUGAGAUUGCAGAAUCCACCGGAAAUCGUUUUUGGAAAGGAUCGGGGGAGGGAGCAGGUGGAGGAGCAGUGGUCAGAGUCGACAACCAGAGCCUGUUUGGAGCUCUAUUUAGCUGUUCUCGGUAAACAUCAGGAUUUGAUCCAUGAGUUAGCGAAAGUUUACUCGUCGAUGGGGGCGGAUGUAAAGAGGAUAGUCCUGAGACUGGUUGAGGGUCCAGUGAGAUCCCUAGGAAUGGCCAGUCCUCAGUUGCUGAAGCUCGUAGAGAUGUGUCCCAAGGGGGCUGAGACCCUCGUCACCAGGAUAAUCCAUAUUUUAACCGAAAAAGCACCACCCAGUGUUGAGCUCGUUGCUAAAGUCAGGGAUUUGUAUCAGACACGCGUGUCUGACGUGCGAUUUCUCAUUCCUGUGCUGAAUGGGCUCUCGAAGAAAGAGGUAGUAGCAGCACUACCGAAACUUAUUAAACUCAAUCCCAUUGUUGUGAAAGAAGUGUUUAAUCGACUCCUUGGAACUCACAACAAUGAGAGUGGAGUUCCUCAUACGUCACCAGUGACUCCAGCUGAGUUGCUCAUUGCACUGCAUACAAUUGAUCCGAGCAAAGCCGAGUUGAAGACUGUUAUUAAAGCUACGUCUUUAUGCUUCGCUGAAAAACAAGUUUACACUCAGGAGACACUGGCUGUGGUGAUGCAGCAUCUUAUGGAGCUCAAUCCCCUGCCUACACUAUUGAUGAGAACAGUUAUACAGAGUUUGUCGUUGUAUCCGAGGCUCAGUGGAUUUGUCAUGAAUAUUCUGCAGAGAUUAAUUCUCAAGCAAGUGUGGAAGCAACCCAAGGUAUGGGAGGGCUUUGUUAAAUGUUGUGAACGCACUCAGCCACAGAGUUUCGCUGUGAUCCUGCAAUUACCACCUCAGCAAUUGGGGGAGGCACUCAAUAUGGCACCGGGGCUGAAAGGACCAUUGCUCGCCCAUGUUGAGGCAUUUGCUGAGAAUCAAAAAGCUCACGUUCCACAAUCGAUAAUGGACGUCAUCCAAGGAAAACAAACAGUGGAUAUGCACGACGACUUUGAUAUUGCACCACCAGGAGAAUAUCCACCAGAGCAAAGAAUAGAAACCAUGGAUGUUGAUUUAUCCGAACCAGCCCCGCCAGGGUUAGAUUAAUUGGAUUGGUAAAUGAUCAAUAA